AUGAAGAUCACUAUCCUCUGCUUUACCGCUAUCUUCUUCACGACUCAGGUUCUACCAGUCGGGGGCAAGUUCAAGGAAAUCUGUUAACAUCCAAAUGUUGUUUGCCAAUCACACUGCAUUGAAACAGAAGUUUACAUUGGGAUGUGUUUAAAUAAACGACCCUGCUGCCUGUCCAUGGGGCAUCAACACAGAGGUGAGAAUGCUGCAACCUUUCACUUGGAUCCUUCAUAG